UAUGGUGUGCUAUCAUAUCGCCUGAGUAGUGAGCUGAACAGGCGCAAAGACCUCAGAAAAUGAGAUGGAGAAGGACCUGUUACUUCCAAAAAUGAAAUAUUAAUUUCGCGAGACUACUACACAACAGCUGUCAUCAUGGGAACGGAUAGUACAGAUUGUAUGCUGCUUCUUGCGGUAGAAGCGUUUAAAUCUAAAAACUUCGGGCUCGCAGCAGACAUAUACGAAUGUCAAAUGCUGCACCUCCGUGACCCUGGUAAGCAGCAAGAUCUGUUGGUGAAACGAGCCGAUGCCCUGGCAUUUGCUGGCAAAUUGAACGAAGCUUUCGAAAUCUACCGAAAAGCGGCUGAAAUCGAGAGACUCCGACCAGUCCAUCUGGAGAAUCUUAUUAAAUAUCUCUCUAACAGUAUUAAAAGAAAUGAUGGGACAGACAGUCAAAGCAAUAGGCAGGAGACGAACUCCUAUUGCGUUGGAUAUGAUGCAUUUACCUGCAGAAUAUGUUAUAGAUUUCUAUACGAGCCAGUUACCUUGCCUUGUGGACACUGCUUUUGCAAAAAGUGCCUGGACAGAGAAAAAAUGCCUGUCUGCUGCAAAGAGUGCAAUGACAUGACCAAAUUCAAUGAUGUGGACAAUUAUAGAGUAAAUGUUGUUCUUAGUAACUUGUUAUCAAAGUGGUUUCCAGUUCAAUUACUUGCUGUUCAUCUGAGACGUGAGGGGAAUGGACUAUAUUCAGAGAAAAUGGAUUCUGCUUUGGAAAAAUACAACGAAGCAAUACAAAUAGCUCCUAGGGACCAUGUUCUGUACAGCAACCGAUCACAGAUCAAUUCCAGUCUGAAGAAUUACCAGGAUGCCCUUCAUGAUGCAGAGAUGGCAUGCAAACUCAUGCCUCUUUGGUCCAUGGGACAUAUUAGAAAAGCACAAGCUCUUGUCACUCUGGGGAAAUGUGAAGAAGCGUUAAGAGAGUACCUGAUCGUCAUUGCAUUAGACCCUGAGAGUAAACUGGCAAAAACAGAGGCGCAAAAGAUUCUGAGUGAUCUCCUGGCCCCUGUCACUGAUCAAGUACACAACAGAAUCCUGGACUGCACAAGUCUACUAUCUUCCAGAAGUAGAUUUAAAGGUGGCGCCCUGAACACCUCAAGCUGCAUCAUCACCACAUCUUACAAGGAAUACAAGAAUAUCAUCGCCUCUGACGAGAAGUUGACGUUGUCGCCCACGAUGAGUGAAUCUAAGACAGAUGGCUCAUUUGAGACAUGCAGCGGAAAGAAAAGAGAAAAUCAGGUGAAUGUCUGCCAUCCCAGCGUCACCAACAGGAGCGUCUUCCUCAAACGUAGCUCAUCCGAGGACAGCCAAGUGGACGGUAGUGACAUCUGCAAGCGUUCAAGAUAUGAAGUGACCCAGAAUGAACAGGCAACUUCCUGGAGUACAGUGCUUGCUGGCCUCAUAGACCCGACUGACCUGGAGUGUUCUCUGUGUAUGAGGCUCUUUUAUGAACCAGUCACCACUCCUUGUGGACACACCUUCUGUCUGAAAUGCCUCGAGCGAUGUCUGGACUACAAUCCCAAGUGUCCUCUCUGCAAGAUGGAUCUGAAAGAGUAUCUGUCAGAAAGCAAAUACAACAAGACUGUCUUGGUGGAGAACCUCAUCUGCAAGUAUCUGCCAUCCGAGCUCAUGGACAGGCAGAAAGUCAAUGCAGAGGAGAUUGCAGACUUAUCGAAUCUAAACAAGAACGUGCCUAUAUUUGUUUGCACCAUGGCCUUCCCCACCGUUCCAUGCCCUCUUCACGUCUUUGAGCCAUGCUACCGGCUGAUGAUCCGGAGGUGUAUGGAGAUGGGUACCAAGCAGUUUGGAAUGUGCCUCGAUGAUAACCUCAAAGGAUUUGCAGAUUACGGUUGCCUCCUGGAGAUCCGAAACGUGGAAUUCUUUGCAGAUGGCCGCUCCGUUGUUGACACCAUCGGGAAAAGAAGGUUUAAAGUCAUUGAGCACCACCAGAGAGAUGGGUACAACACAGCAGACAUUGAAUACCUGGAAGACAUUAAGGUGGAGGGUGUGACAGAGAAGGAGCUGCAGAGUCUCCAUGAUGCAGUGUACGACCAGGCCUUAAUCUGGGUCAACUCCCUCAAAGCAGAACAGAUGGAGAGGAUCGUGGGUCACUUUGGGCCCAUGCCGGAGAAAAACUCUGAACCACAGGUCAGUCCCAAUGGGCCAUCCUGGUGCUGGUGGCUGCUGGCAGUCCUUCCUCUGCAGGGUCGAGCCCAGCUGCCCUUCCUUGCCCUGACCUCCCUGAAGGACAGACUCAGUGGCAUCCGCAGAGUACUCCUCUUCAUGACCCACAGCCGCUCCUCUCGGUGACUCCAACCCUCACACAACCAUCCUUCUCCUCCAUGUGGAUGUCUGUUUUGUCAGAAAGACCAAAUGUUAACGAAAGCCUUCUGCGUAAAUAGGUUAUUGGCAAGUGGGCUUUGAUUAGAUUACCAAAAUGUGAUGCUGAUUAUUUCUUCCUUCCAAGGAUUAGAAGAGGCUACUUAUGGACUGAAUCUUUUAAUCAGUGUGCUUUAAAGACAAUAAUGAUUUAUUUAGUUUUUGUUAUUAUUUAUAAACACAGCGUGUGCAUGCAACAUGUUUACAUCCCUGGUAGGGAUGACAAACUCUAAACUAUUACAUAAAUAACUUUUUAUUUCCAUAGGGUUUAUUAACCACCACAAAUGACAUAUCAAAACCAAAACCCCUGAAAAUGUAGAAAGUUAGUUAACAAAAUGACGAUACAGAACAGUACAGGUUCUGCUGCUGCUUUAACUAUAUCAUUCAGAUAAUGUUUUGGUGUAGAGGAGUGUGAUACACCUCCAGUUGAAAGGAGCUAUCUCCUAACCACCACAAAUGACAUAUCAAAACCAAAACCCCUGAAAAUGUAGAAAGUUAGUUAACAAAAUGACGAUACAGAACAGUACAGGUUCUGCUGCUGCUUUAACUAUAUCAUUCAGAUAAUGUUUUGGUGUAGAGGAGUGUGAUACACCUCCAGUUGAAAGGAGCUAUCUCCUACUUACGAUGGAAUAUGUAUUGUUAUUUAUAUUACCUACUUUGCAGCAGCAGCAUAAGUGAUACUCACAUGGUGAGCAAAGAUGGGUCGUGAGAUUUGCCUUUAAGAAAGGAAAACAUUUUAUUGUUUUGUUGGAUGUUACAUGAUUCGUUGUCUGACUUUUAAAAAAUAGUUUUCUACUGUUAUUUUUUAUGUUAUGAUGAUCACCUUUUUAUACAGACAAUGUUGAACCAGGAUGGUUAUGUUGUUCAAUCUUGUGGAAAUGUGUUAAUGAACAACAAUUAUGUUUUGUAUUCCAAGGGCCAAUUGGAAGUUAUUGUAUUUAUAUAGGGCUGCCUUGUCUCUUAUUUGCAACAUACAUGGUCAUAAAUUAGAGAUGUGACACAAGUGACCAACAAACUCAGAGUGAUUGCAAUAACGGUUAUCACUUGUGCAGCGUGAUUCCUGGCUUGUAUACAAAAGACAACAACAUGAAUGUGAACAUGCAAAUAACUGUAGAGAUGGGAAAUAUCAACUUGUAGAGAGUGCAGGAUUUAUCAGCCUUGCCACUUUUACCACUUUCCAAUAUUCUCAGUUUGGUUUUAGAAAAACAUUUUGCAUUUGGUUGUCCUGACCUAAGCCCCAAACACUCAGGAAAAUAAUUUCAAACACACAUUACAGUCAGAUGAAACAGGCAGCAGUCUAACCAUUCUAAAAGCUCAUGAAGGAGUUGGAAUACUUAUUUCUGACAUUUGAACUGUCAUCUUGUCAUUCCAGUUAUUGUCCACUGGAAUCAUAAACGGUAGCAUCAAGCACUCAGUGAUUUCUAAUCUUUUUCAACAUUUAGUGCCUUAAGUUGGAUUUCCUCCAUGAUGCCAGUACCAUAAAGCUCAAACUAUGUAGUAGAAUUCAGGGUUCAAGGUAGUGUUCCAUCGAGGAAGACUAAAGUCCAAACUAUUGCUGAGGAGACAAACAGUAAUUUUAAACAAUUCCAGUCCUGGUUCAUUGUGAGUAUUGCUGUUACAAAUAUUGGUAUUAUAUUGUGUAUUUUAUCCCAACUAAAAAUGAAAAUCAUCUCAAUGCAAGAACACAAUUUGAGUAUUUUCAGCUGGACUUUCAUAUACAACAACAACAUUGAACCUUGGUUGAGUGGUUGAAUUAAAAAAUGUCAGGAUAAAAGUUAAUUGAUUGGCAUGUCAAUCAAUUAUUAUUUUUUCUCUCCAACAUCACAUAUUUGCAUGUAUAUACAUUUGAUAUGGCUGUUGCAUGUAAGCCAAAUUCUAUGCAAAGAAUUUACAUCAGAAAAUGCUAAAACAAUAGAAAUUCAACGGUAGUAUCUUCCUGCCCUUUUUGAAUUCCACAUUGAACCUUGCUCUAAUGAUUGAAACCUUCUACCUCUGACACACUGACCUGUAGCUCUUCCACCACAGAACAUGCUAAUUAAAAUUGACAUGUCAUUUGUUUCUAUGGAGAUGAGGUGACCAUGGAUGGAGUCUGUUUUUGGGUGAUUGUAUAACACAGGUAUAAUUGCCUCUAACUGUAUGUGUUUACAAUUUUUUUUUAUUGUAUGUUGUAGGCAUCUUAUCUGACGUUAUUUCUGUUUUGAUGGAAAUGUAGUCAUUGCAAUGUUAUACAAUGUACAGAAAACACACUUCUGAAUAAAAAAGGCUCUUAAUUAGUGGAAUAUGAGCUAAACCGA